AUGGCGGAUAAUUUGGAUGAAUUUAUUGAAGAGCAAAAAGCCAAAUUGGCCAAAGAUAAGGCAGAAUUGGAAAAUGACCCACCUUACAUGGAAAUGAAGGGAAAGGCAUCAGAGAAGCUUUCUGAAAACAGUAAAAUAUUAAUCUCCAUGGCUAAAGAAAACAUACCACCAAACAGUCAACAGACCAGGGGUUCCUUAGGAAUUGAUUAUGGAUUAAGUUUACCACUUGGGGAAGACUAUGAACGGAAGAAACAUAAACUAAAAGAAGAAUUGCGGCAAGAUUACAGGCGCUAUCUUACUCAGGGUAUUACAGAAGCAAAAAGAAAGAAAAAUUUUCUAUCUACGAGUGAAACAGAUCCAUCUACUCUGGGAGUUUCUCUUCCAAUUGGUGAGAGGUUAUCUGCCAAGGAAAGGUUGAAACUCGAACGCAACAAAGAAUACAAUCAAUUUCUCAGGGGUAAGGAAGAAUCCACUGAAAAGUUCAGACAGGAAGAAAAGAGUAAUGAGCACAAGAGUCAAAGAAAUAAAAAACCUAUUAAUCAGGUUAAACCUGAUUUACCUUCACAAGUAAAAACAUCUCGUGAAAAUUCAGAAGGUCCUAGGAGAGAUGUCUUAACGCCUUCAGAGGCAUACGAACAGCUUCUAAACCAAAGACGACUAGAGGAGGACAGGUAUCGACAACUAGAUGAUGAAAUUGAAUUAAGAAAUAGAAGAAUUAUUAAAAAAACUAAUGAAGAAGUGGGCAUUUCCAAUAAAAACCAUCAAAGGUUUGCCAGUAGGGUCGACAUUCCAGGUAGAAGAUUUCACAGGUUUAAUGAGGAUCGUGAUUUUGAUGGACAGUUUUACAGACCAGACCAAGAUCCCGAAGUAAGUGAAGAAAUGGACGAGAGGUUUAGAUAUGAAAGUGAUUUUGAUAGAAGACCUUUGAGAGUAUAUACAGAUAACAGGACGUACGGGAACAGACAAGGGAAUGCGCCUGCUGUGGAGCAUGGUGGUGAUGUCACAGAACGGUCAGACAUACGAAUUUCAUCUGCUGGAGGUAAAAGGACUCAAGACAACGAUCCAUCCAAAUCGACUAACCAAUACAUCUGUAGUCCUUUUGCGGGGAUGCUCUUUGGAGGUGAAGAUCGAGAAACUAUUCAGAAAAGGAAAGAGAAAUAUAGACUAGAACUAUUGGAACAAAUGGCUGAACAACAGAAGAACAAAAGACGAGAAAAGGAUUUGGAACUCAGGGUCGCAGCUUCUGGAGCACAAGACCCUGAGAAAUCGCCUGAUAGACUAAAGCAGUUUAGUGUGGCACCACGACACUAUGAAGAAACGAUACCACCCGAAAGACCCAGAGUAGCUUUCCAGACACCUCUCCCUCCUUUGUCCACCCCAUCUGCCCCUCCCGUCCCACCUCAAAACGAAGAUCUGCACAGUGGACUCAGCAGCACCCUUGGUGAAAUGGUGGCUCCCAGGGUUGCACCUCUGCCUCCACCUCCCAUCCUACCACCUUUGGCUACUAACUAUCGAACUCCCUAUGAUGAUGCAUACUAUUUUUAUGGAGCCAGGAAUACUUUGAAUCCCAGUCUUGCUUACUAUGGUUCAGGAAUGGUGGGAGUACAGCCUGCAGCUUAUGUUAGUGCACCUGUCGUCCCCCAGCCAGCACAACCUCUUAUGAACACGGUUGGACAGAAUGAAUUGAAAAUUACAAGUGAUCGAGCAGUAAAUUCUGGCUUGUUUUUUGAGGAUAAACCAAAGCCUUCUAAACAGUCACUUCAGUCUUACCAGCAAGCUUUGCAGCAGCAGAUUCGGGAAAGAGAAGAAAGAAGGAAGAAGGAACGUGAGGAAAAGGAAGACUACGAAGCGAAGCUGGAAGCGGAAAUGAGAAGCUACAACCCCUGGGGAAAAGGCGGAGGUGGAGCCCCGCUCAGGGACGCCCAGGGAAACCUGAUAACUGAUUUGAAUAGGAUGCACAGACAAAAUGUAGAUGCCUACCAUAACCCAGAUGCAAGAACAUACGAAGAUAAAAGGGCUGUUGUAGCUCUAGACCAAAAUUUAGCCACUUCAAAUGCUGAGAACCUAGAAGAUUCUACAAAUAAAAACUCAGGUUGUGUACAGACACAGAGCUCUCCUUUUGCUCGGGGAAAUAUAUUCGGUGAGCCUCCAACUGAACUUCAGAUUAAACAGCAAGAAUUAUACAAGAAUUUUCUUCGUUUUCAGAUUGAGGAAAAGAAACAAAGAGAGGAAGCAGAGCGAGAGAGACUGAGAAUCGCAGAAGAAAAAGAAGAAAAACGGCUGGCGGAACAGAGAGCGCGAAUCCAGCAAGAGUAUGAAGAGGAACAGGAAAAGAAAAGGGAGAAAGAGGAGGAGCAAAGGCUAAAAAAUGAGGAGCUUAUUCGGUUAGCUGAAGAAAGACGAAAAGAAGCAGAAAGAAAGAAGAAAGAAGAAGAGGAAAAACAUAACCUGCAGCUUCAGCACUACUACGAAAGAGAGAAUGUACCUGGGCCAGAAUCGAAGCACUUGAGACAGCCUUCUCCUGUGGUUCCUGCUCUUCAGAACAAAAUUGCCAGCAAACUCCAAAGACCUCCUUCAGUUGACAGCAUUAUAAGUUCCUUUAUUCAAGAGCGGUCCGUGUCCAGGGCGCAGUCUCCUCCGGUGCCUGCCAGGAAGAACCAGCUCCGUGCAGAGGAGGAGAAAAGAAAUGUAAUUAUGGAAUUGUCGGAAAUGAGGAAGCAGCUCCGCAGUGAGGAGCGGCGUCUGCAGGGGCAGCUGCUGCGCGUGGACGACGACGAAGCCCGCUCGAGGAAAAGAGAAAGGAACCCCAUGGACAUAUUUGACAUGGCUCGACAUCGGUUGCAAGCACCUGUGAGAAGACAGUCGCCGAAGGACGUCGACACCACUGCUUUUCAGAAUAUUCUUGACUUCAACGAGCUGAAAGAUAGAGAUUCAGAAACACGAGUUGAUCUGAAAUAUAUGUACCCGGAUCCUCCAAGAGAUCAUUACACCUUAGAGAUUCAGCAGCAAGCCCUGCUGAGAGAGCAGCAGAAGAGACUGAAUAGACUGAAAAUGCAGGAAGGCGCCGGAGUGAACUUGGCUGCUGUUCCAAGCACUAAAAUACAAGACCACGGAAUGCCCAGAGAUGACACUAACGACUUGAAAAAUUCCUUAUUGGAAUCCGAUAGUGCUUUUAUUGGUGCUUAUGGUGAGACGUAUCCCGCCUUGGAAGAGGACGCCCCGCUCCCGCCGUCACAGCUGCCCUCUGCAAGGGAGCGCAGGAGGGACAAACUGAAAGGGCUGGACUUUGACAGCAGUCGUCCGAAUGCUCCGCCAGAUGGUCUCUCGUUAAAAUCUGUAUCCAGUAUAAAUACCGAUCAGAUUAGAAUGAGAAAUGAGGAACGAAUGCGAAGACUGAAUGAACUUCAGAGUAAACCUAUUAAUACAGACGACGAGAGUUCACUGGUUGACCCUGAUGACAUCAUGAAGCAUGUGGGUGACGACAGAUCAAACUCUGUAGCAACUGAACCCUGGCUCCGCCCGGGCACCUCGGAAACGCUGAAACAGUUCGUGGCCGAGCAGCUGAAGCAGGAGCAGCCGCGGGGGCCUGGGAAACCUGGCCCUUUCAGCUGGCAGGGCCUGUCCACCGCGCAUGGUUAAUAAACCUGGGCUGGACCCAGCAGUGCCUUGAAGGUAAAAGGAAUGUUAAAUCUGAACCUUUAAUAACAUGUGCUCCUUUGUUCCCUACCCGGAAGUUACUAACGUUCCAUCUGCGAAUAGGUGUAUUUUUUCCACGAUGAUGUAUAUAAUGUAUAUUAUGUACAUAAAUAAAAGGACAUGAUUAUUAAUUUAUAAUAUAGGAUUUUAUAGAAUUAUUUUUGCACAAUUUUGCCAUAACUUAGGGUGGUGAUGAAGUCUUGGAAUCAACUACCAUAUGUGCAUUAUUAUAAAUUCUGCUUGUAAGAUAAGGUGAAUAAAGCACAAGUGUCUUUAACAGUGCUGCAAAAUCAGAAACCAUUAUAUAUAUAUUUGCUAUUGUUUCUGCUGUUCAAAAUAAUUCACUAGUAAAUACUUGUUGUAGCUGUGAACAUUCCAGUUGCGAUGUAAUGAAUCAAAUGUACUAGUUAUUUCCAAGUCAUUUACAGCUACUGAUUCAGUAUAAAUGAUGGGAAUCAUCGUAAUUGGUUUUGUUCCCAUGAGCCAUGGGAACUCACGACGUUACAUUUUUCUGCCUCUUUGUGCCAAUGAAGGCAUGCAUUAAGUUUACUAAUUUAUAUGAUUUAACUACUUCUUGAUAGAAAUAAAUUAUUUUUAUUACCAA